AUGGAUUCUGAAUCUCAACGUGUUUUGGGGAAAUUGAGAGAGGUUGAGAUAGCCGCCGAAGACGUCCUCACAACCAAACAACAGAUCAUUGACCUGGAUAUAAAAAGAAACAGGAACAGAGAAGCAUUGAAUGCCCUGAAGAUUGACGUGCAUUCAGAAAAGGUGAAGGUUUGCUUUGGACAUAUGUUCAUCAAAUUUCCCAAGUCCAAGACAAGAGAAAUGAUUCAGAAAGACCAGGAACAAUUGGAUGGCGAACUAAAUGACCUUCACAAAGGACUAAAAGGAAAAGUCAAUCGUUUAAAUGAACUGCAAGGAAAGCCUGAGCUUAGUGCCUACAACCUUUUACCACUGUCCACUGAUGAAAUUAAAGCUAUUAAGAGCACUUCAAAACAGUGA